ACUAUAGUUGGUUAUUAGAGCGCUAUGAGGCAAACCACUUUUCCAUAUGUCCGCAUAUCACUUUAUCUUAGUCAAACUCCACACUUCUUUUGUCCCCGCGGAGCAAAACUCACUGCUUUUGUUAUCGAAUUUUUUUUCUCAACCCGGGAAAUUUCGCAAUACUUUCUGACCGAAAGGUAAACAUAUUGGUUGCCCAUCAUCACGAGUAAGAACAAAAUAUACGGAACCAUCGUUAUCGAGAACAAAAUAGACUGGUUGUCUACAUAAAAUACGUUUUAGUCUCGUCAUUCGUUUCAAUUUCAUCGGUUGUGUUCAUACGUAUUGGCAAAAUGACAAAAGCCCCGAUCGAUUUUGAGGAAGAGUGGUGCAAGAUUUCAAAUGGAACUUUGGAAAUAAAAUGGUAUUAUUUUCCAACAACUCAAAGCUUGAAAAUUGACAUCGAAAAAAUCCAACAAGUGAAAAUUCAAAGUCAAGCUAAAAGUUAUGUCAAAAACUGGGGAUCCGGAGAUUUGUGUGCAUGGUGGGCAUGUGAUAUGAAACGCAACUUUCGCAGUCACCCAGAAGAGUUUUUCAAUGUAAAAAUUGACAUCGGCGAAACGUUCAAAAAAGGAUUCACUGUACAUGAACUGGACAAUUUCUUGCCUGCAAUUCGAAAGUGGCUGAAAGUCCAAAAUAUUGUUUUUGAGUGAAUUUUUUUGUGUUAAUGUAAAAAAUGUAUGAGUUGUGUAAUAAAAUGUUUUGUCAUCCAAUAUUCCAAAGUUAAAUAAAAAUUGUUUCAAA